AUGGAUUAUGCUUCAAUUGACGCUGAGAAUAUAGAUGAUGCAAAUGGAUACGAUUUAACUGAGACAUGUAGUAGUUACUAUGAUGAAUUCAAAAGUUCUUUAGCCCCGAAAAAAUUUCUAAGACAUAUCAAAAAUAUGGGAUCUUAUUAUACGGCUUUGAUUGAUAUUACAGCAUGUGCUUUUAAGGAUAAAUACAAACUCCUAUUUUCUAAUAUGCAUGUGCAUAAGUUGGAACCCAUUAUCGUUCGUCAACCCAUGUUUUCAUGGAAAAAUAUUGUCAAAAGGUAUAUUCCUGAUCCUGAUCACGCAAAGUAUGAAGAAUUCAAGAGGAGAUGUUUGGAUGAUUUUUUCACAUCAAAAAGACUAACCGAUGCAUAUGGUAACGUAGAUAGACUGGACGACGAAAGCAUCAAACAAGACAUAUAUUUACAUGCAGAAAUGAACUUGUUGACAAAUAUUAUAGAUCAAAAAUAUAAAGGCAGGGCAAUUAUAGCGGUAUCUAAGAAAAGUUGUUACUUAUGUGAAUUAUAUAUUAGAUUUGUAAACAAAAAAGGAUAUAAAAUCUACUACACUUCAGGAGCGCAUAAGACAUUAUAUUCUAAAUGGUUACUUCCAAAAAUAAAAGAUACCGACCUCAGAACCGAAUCCUUGAAUUAUAUGAUAAAACAACUUGAUCAGGUCAUUAAUGAAGAAAUAGCAAAACAGGUUAGCAUAGUGGCGAGACCUGAUAGUGAUUGA